CUCCCACUCAACCAGACCAAAAGGAAAGAGCCGCUUGCCUCCAUGAAUCCUGCUCUCAUUCUCACCUUUCUUCCACCAAAGCUUCCUUCCUCAAUAACCGCGCCUUCGCUGCAACGUAGUACUUCCCUUCUCACUUACACGAAGCCAAUUGCAUGGAGUUUGAGGCCGAUUCCUCGGCCGAGUCGGAGGCUCGACUUUCGGGCCUGGACUGACGACGGUGACGCGGACGGUGGAGACCCAGACGACUACGAUAUGGACGAGGAUGAGGCUGAGGAAGCCGACAACAAGAAAGACUUCGAUGUCGAUUACGACACCUCCCUCGGCCUUUCCAUCUCAGCCGCCGGCGCCGGUGGCGACGACGACAUUGCCAUGGUCUACAGCAGCAGCUUUGUCUCCACCCAGGGUUGGGACUCUGAGAAAAUCGUCGAUUACAGAAUCAACGAAGACGAAUUCCAUAAGAUUAGCCUCCAUGACUGCGAUUUCUUCAUCCGCAGACCUCCUGAUCCUGACAACGACGUGUAUGAUUUCCGUGAGAUGUACGUUACUCCACCGGAUACUGAUGUGUAUGCAAUUCCCAAGGUUCUUGCACCAAUGCCUCAAAAGUAUAUUAGAUGUGGCAAAAGUGAAUAUGGAUCCUACAAUGUGACAGAGCCUCCCAUUGAUGCGCCUAGGGAUCCCAUGUACAAAUCGGAGAGGGAAGUAUUGAAGGUAUACUUGACAAAGCAUUAUAGGAACCGCAGAUUAGGUGAUCCAGAUUUUGUUCUCGAUUUUGAGGAGAUUUAUGUUAUUGAUUCGAAAACCAAAUCCAUUACAAGAGCUAAAGUGGUGGUAACAGUUCCAGAAGGAAUAAACAGGGAUAGAAAGAAUGAUUUGCUUGUCAUCCAUGAUAAUGGAAACUCUUUCAAAAUAAUCCCAUCGGAAGAAAGAGAAGAUCCGUCUCUUGUGAUACAGAAAGAAGAGUGGAAGAACACGCGGGAAGAUAUGGAAAAGCACCUUAGAAAGCUUAGGGACUUCAGUAUAUCAAAUUGGUUUUAGGCAAAUUGAAUCUUUUGGCCCCAUAAUGAUGUUGUAGAAUUAGAUGGUGACAUGGAAAACAAGUAGAGUUUGAUUUUACUUAAGAUCAAUGCCAAUUUUGGAUGCAUGUUUAAGCUGUGCCACAAGUAGGGGUGUAUCUCACUAUUUGAUUCGAAUUCGAUUAUUUUGAGAACUAUUUGCAUUUGCAUCGAUAUAUAUUUGAAUCUAAAAAUUUUAUUCGUA